CUGUUAUCCAGUGUGGACCAUUCAUGUUGGUCCAUAUUAACGAUAUCGGAAGAUUAGUGUUUCCUCGCAUGGUACUCCGUAAUUAAUAUCUCUCGAUACGAUGAAGCUUAAAACCCAUUGUUACAGACACCAACAACAAUCACAACGCAAUGGAAAACAACGCCGAUGACAGAGAAGAUUCAAAGCCAGUAGUUCUAAUCACAGGUUGUACAGGUGGAGGAAUUGGUCACGCGCUUGCACGCUCCUUCGCAGCCAACAGUUGCAAGGUUGUUGCCACCAGCAGGUCACUUUCCAGCAUGCCGGACUUAGACAACGAUCCCAAAUUCUUCCUUCAAGAACUCGAUGUUCAAUCCGAUGAAAGUGUUAACAGAGUUGUUGAUACUGUUUUGAAUAAAUUUGGUCGUAUCGAUGUUCUUGUUAAUAACGCUGGUGUUCCUUGUGUGGGCCCACUCGCUGAGAUUCCUCUCUCUCAGAUUCAAAGCACCUUUGAAACUAAUGUCUUUGGUUCCAUGAGAAUGGUUCAGGCUGUGGUUCCUCACAUGGCAACUAGGAAGCAGGGAAAGAUUGUCAACGUUGGCAGUGUCACCGGUUUGGCAUCUGGACCUUGGACGGGUGCUUACAGUGCUUCUAAAGCUGCUCUUCAUGCUUUGACAGAUACAUUAAGAUUGGAACUUGGACAUUUUGGAAUUGAUGUUGUGAAUGUUGUCCCUGGAGCUGUGAAGUCAAAUAUCGGAAAUUCUGGCAUAGCGAUCUACAAUCGCAUGCCAGAGUGGAAACUCUUCAAGCCAUUCGAAGCAGCAAUCCGAGAGAGAGCUCUAUUAUCUCAGAGGUCAAGAUCUACACCUACAGAUGAGUUUGCUAAACACACUGUAGCUGCUGUCCUUAGGAAGAAACCACCUGCAUGGUUCUCCUAUGGCCAUUACUCGACUGUCAUGGCUAUUGUGUAUCAUUUACCACUUUGUGUUAGAGACUUUCUUUUUAAGAAAGCAAUGAAAUGCUGAGCUGCACAUAUCAUUGGGGACAGUUUUGUUGUUGGGGCUUUUAUUUGUAAUAUUUGACUUGACUUCAAUAAGAUUUAAUCCAUGAUAUAGCUACUUGAA